AUGGAUAAUUACACGUUGGCUCCUGAUAAUGAGUAUGAUGUUCUCAUUGAAGGUGAUCUGACAAUCAAUGACAUAGAACAAUGUGACAAAUAUGAUGCCAACGUUCUCCCAGCUCAGCUGGUACCGAAGCUAUAUUCCCCCGUGUUCGUGAUCUGUCUUCUGUACAAUCUCUUGGUUAUGCUUAUCCUGAUAAAAUACAAAGGACUUCGGCACAUGGAGAAUAUCUAUUUCCUAAACUUGGCCGUUUCCAAUUUGUUAUUCUCACUUACCCUGCCGUUCUGGGCUUACACUGCCUCACAUGGGGGGAUUCUCGGAGAUCCCAUAUGUAAAAUUCUCAUUGGCAUCUAUUUCAUAGGUUUGUACAGUGAGGCUUGUUUCAACAUGCUUCUCACAGUGCACAGGUACCUGGUGUUUUUUCAUGUGCAAAGCAUUUCCUUGGCAGCCAAGACAGUGCCCUGUGGCAUCUUUACCAGUGCCUUUGUGUGGAUGGUGGCCGUUCUGGUGACUUUGCCUGAGUGCAUAGUUUACAGACCUCAGUUGGGAAGACAGGAAGACAAGUGCUCACCUAGCAAAUCUCGUUUUCUGCCAGCUGAUGAGACAUCCUGGAAGCAUUUUCUAACCUUAAAGAUGAACAUUUUAGGACUUCUGUUGCCACUGUUUGUUUUUAUAUUUUGCUACGUGCGAAUGAGGAGAACACUAAGGUUGAAGGAGAUACGGUAUGACCUUUUCAAGCUUGUUUUUGCCGUCAUGGUGGCUUUCCUUCUGAUGUGGGCACCCUAUAAUAUUGCACUUUUCCUGUCUACUUUCAAAGAAUAUUUCUCCCUGAAUGACUGCAAGAGUAACUAUGGCCUGGACAGGGGUGUUCAGAUAACGGAAAUCAUAGCCACCACCCACUGCUGCGUCAACCCUCUCCUCCACAUGUUUGUUGACCAGGCCUUUAGGAGACACCUGUGCCACUUGCUCCCCUUGAAAAAUAACACUCCACUGCAACCCAGAGAGGAAUCUGGACAAGAUGCAUUAUGGGAGCAACACAGGCAUUCCACCAGAGUAUGA